CUUCUUUUUGACCCUCAACUCUUCAACCUUCUUUCACACCUCGAACUCACAUCAGCACUCCUCUCCAAUUUUCCACUUUCACUCUCCCUCUUCCUUUUUUUCGGAGUCAAAAUGUCAAAACCACCCAAACCCCUCCCUCCCCCCUCUCAAAGUUUCACCAACCGCAAAACCAAAAUCUUGUCUGCCCUCUCUGUCCCAGACGCAGAAUACACCGACCUCUCGCCCAAAGGAUCCGUCGAUGUCGGGAUCCGCGACCUCAUCGACGAAAUCAACGCCCGGGAAGGGCUCGUGACAACAAGCAGUUGUGCGGGCAGAGUCAGCGUUUACCUCGAAGGCCGCUCUACUGGUACCUCUCCACAAGAUGAGCGGGAGGAAGCAGCAACAGCGGGAGGGGUGAGGAGUUCGAGUGCUGGGGGGAAGGGAGGCGGGGAGUGGCUGUUUGUCAGCCAUGAUCCCAUCUCUUCGUUGCCGCCUGGACAGCUGGAGCGGGGGUAUGAAUCGUUGUUUGGGUUGGUGUCGUUGCAGGGUCAGGAAGGGGAAGAGGGUGACGAGAAGGGGAGAAUGGUGCACUUCAAGUUUGAGCCCAUGAUUUUACAUGUAUUAACGGCAUCACACUCCCACGCCCAAAAGGUCAUCCAGGCGGGCAUGGAGGCUGGCUUUCGAGAGACGGGCGCUGUGAGCUUACUUUCACGGCAGGACGACGACCACAACCCUGUUGUUGCUGUCAGGUCGAUGGGGUUGAGUUUUGAGAGCUUGAUCGGGGUGGAAGGUACGGAUGGGGUGAGGAGGGCGGUGGUUGGGAGGGGGUACUUGGACCGGGUGGUGAGAAAUAGUGAGAAGUUGUUCAAGGAGAAUGAGAGGCGGAUUGGGAGGUUUAGGGAGGCACUGAAGGGGUGGUUUGAGGAGGGACCUAAAAAGAAGGAUGGUUGGGAGGAUGCAGACGCAAGGAGGGAGAGGAAACGGUCGGAGGGGCUGAGGAGAAAACAGGAACUUGAGAAGGGGAAGCAGGAGACGACUGAAAAGGAGCAGCAAAGUGAGGAGGGUGGUAUAGGAAUCAUACUUGAGCCUCCUGAGGUUCUGUAAAAUAAACAAGCUAAAGUUGAAACAUUUCAUCAUUUUUGGGGUUGGUGAAAUGCAAUUUGAACGCCUGCUUGCCUUGCUUUCCAGUCCAUUGUCUAUAGCUGCUCACUUUUAAGCCUCGACUGAGUGAUAUCUCCCACCAGCCCUCGGCACCCUUCGAUAUGAUACAAGUUUGACACCCCUUGGUCAGUGCUCUCAAAGCCAACUCUGGGUGGUUCGUCAUCUUCACCUCGUUUUAAUCCCUCUAUGAACACCGCUCUCGGCCCCUUGCCUUCGUUUCCCUCCGACUACCAACUUCGUUACCACCCCUAACUAACAACCUUCUCAACCCACCCCUUCUCCACCCUCCUCACCUCCUCCUUAAAAGCCUCCACCUCCCUCCAGCAGUCCAACGGCCGCCUGUCAUUCUCCCUCAAGCACCUCACCACCCC